AUGUCCGUGACAAAUAGAAAGAAAACUGCUGAAAAAGUGCAAUUGAUCGAGAACGGUGACACAAAUUUGAGCAAUGAAAGAAGUAAUAUAAAAGGUGAUGAAUGGAAUAUCGCAGUGCUAUUGUUCUUAUAUGCGUUGCAAGGUAUUCCACUUGGACUGGCCGGAGCCGUCCCCAUGUUGUUGCAGAAUCGUGGAAUUACAUAUACUCAACAAGCAGAAUUUAGUUUUGUAAAUUGGCCAUUCAGUGUGAAACUACUAUGGGCGCCGGUAGUGGAUGCACUGUUUCUACCAAAGUUUGGGCGACGGAAAACAUGGCUAGUACCAAUACAGUACCUAUUAGGAGUCAUGAUGAUAUUGAUGUCUCUGAAUAUCACGGAGUGGUUGGGAUCCGAAGACAGAGCCCCAAAUAUGGCCUUACUGACAAUAUCAUUCAUAUUUUUGAAUUUUUUGGCCGCCACACAAGAUAUAGCAGUGGAUGGCUGGGCUUUGACGAUGCUUAAGAGGUGUAAUGUUGGACACGCAUCAACAUGCAACACAGUGGGUCAAACGGCUGGCUUCUUCCUCGGCUAUGUAUUGUUCUUAGCACUAGAAUCUCCAUACUUUUGCAACAAAUACCUGAGAUACGAACCGGAGGAGACCGGCCUGGUGACACUGUCCAGCUUCUUACUGUUCUGGGGUUGGGUCUUCAUUGUGACUACCACUUUAAUCGCUUUCCUGAAGCACGAGAAGAAUGAUGCUGUGGAUUCAGAUGAGAGUAAAGGUGUUAAGGAUAUCGUGAACGCUUAUCAACAGUUGUAUACUAUUGUGAAAUUGCCAGCCGUUCGGACGUUGGCUCUUGUUCUGUUCACAGCUAAGAUUGGAUUCUGUGCGAGUGACGCAGUGUCCGGUUUGAAGCUGGUGGAAGCAGGUGUUCCGCGCGAAGACCUCGCCCUGCUGGCUGUUCCUCUGGUGCCUGUGCAGAUCAUUAUGCCUGUGAUACUCGCUAAACACACGACUGGGCCACAGCCGCUGUCGUUGUGGCUGAGGGCGUUCCCGCUGCGGCUGCUGGUGGGACCGAUUGCUGCUGCUCUCGUUGCUGUCACACCCACUUUGCUGGGCGACUCGGGCCCAUCAUACUUCUACUUGUUCAUACUGAUGUGCCUGUAUGUAUUCCAUCAGACCUGCCUCUACUGCAUGUUCGUGGCCGUGAUGGCGUUCUUCGCGAAAGUGUCCGACCCGACGGUGGGCGGCACCUACAUGACCCUCCUCAACACCGUCUCCAACCUGGGCACCAACUGGCCUAACACCCUGGCCCUGUGGGCCGUUGACAGGCUCACAUACAGGACUUGCACAGCGGAAAACCUGAAGGACAACACUUGUUCUACGGAGCUGGAGACCGAGGUCUGCAAGAGCAACGGCGGCGCGUGCGACGAACGAAUCGACGGGUUUUACAUAGAGACGGCCGUCUGCCUCGUGGUCGGGUUCCUCUGGCUGCAGUGGGGGCGGCGGACCAUUCAGCGGCUGCAGCGGCUGCCGCCCAGCGCCUGGCAGAUCGGGCGGCGCGGAUGA